AUGGCCGACCACCUGAUGCUCGCCGAGGGCUACCGCCUGGUGCAGAGGCCGCCGCCCGCCGCGCCCGCGCACGGCCCUCACAUGCUCCGGACGCUGCAGCCCUACGCGGGCCCGGACCUGGACAGCGGGUUGCGCCCGCGGGGGCCUCCCCUGGGCCCGCCGCCGCCCCCGCCCGGGGCCCUGGCGUAUGGGGCCUUCGGGCCGCCGCCCGCCUUCCAGCCCUUCCCCGCCGUGCCACCGCCGGCCGCCGGGAGCGCGCACCUGCAGCCCCUGGCUGCGCUGUACCCGGGUCGCGCGGCGCCCCCCAGCGCGCCAGGAGGUCCCCUGGGCCUGCCGCCGGCGCCUGGCACGCCUGCCCCGCUGCCGCCGGCGCCCGCGCACGCCCUGGGCUGCAUGGACGCGGAGCUCAUCGACGAGGAGGCGCUGACGUCGCUGGAGCUCGAGCUGGGGCUGCACCGCGUGCGCGAGCUGCCCGAGCUCUUCCUGGGCCAGAGCGAGUUCGACUGUUUCUCGGACUUGGGGUCGGCGCCGCCCGCCGGCUCCGUGAGCUGCUGA